AUGGCUUCUGUGCUACGAUCUCUCGAUUUAGCUGCAAGUCCAAAAUCGUUGGUGUCUUAUCAAAGUGAUUCUUCUGAUGAAGAGAGAAGUAAUAAUGAUAAAUCUAAAGAAGGUGAAAAGUCAAUCGAGAGCACUGUCAAUAUGGAUGCUCUAAAAUCUAAGUUUCUUUUAAACAGCGCGCCAAUUGUUGAUGCUAAGGGAGGAAUUGAUUGGAGAAGACACAUCGAUCCUUCAAUGAAAGAAGUUACAUUUAAUGCAAAGUAUGACGAACUCUUUUCUGCUUCGGUUGUCCUACUAUCUCUUAUUCUCUGGUAUCCUAUUGCACCAUGGAGCAAGUUUGUUGAUGAAGAAACUAUUGCUAAACCAUCUGAAGAAGAGUCAACAAUCCUUGAGGAGUAUGAAUUAUCAAAGAAAUACAAAUCAAAGAAAGAUGAUAUGAAACCUUCAGAAGAGAAAUCCACAUUACACAUUAAAGAUGCAUAUGACUAUCAAGGAAGAUCAUAUCUUCACAUUCCACAAGAUCUUGGCAUUAAUCUCAAGUCAGAUACUCCUCCAGACUUUCUACCAAAGCAACGUAUUCAUACGUGGUCUGGUCACACUAAAGGUGUUUCUGCAAUAAGAUUCUUUCCUAAAUCCGCUCAUCUUCUUCUGUCGUGUAGCAUGGAUUGUAAAAUUAAGAAACUGCAAGAUGAUAUUCAUGUAAGCGCCAUUGGCUCUGUUUUUGUAAAAUCUAACAUAAGACGAGGAAUUUUACCCAGAAUGUUGGAGGAGAUAUUAGACACACGUAUUAUGGUAAAGAAAGCUAUGAAAGAUUGUAAAGAUGAUAAAACUCUUCUUCAACUUCUUGAUGCUCGACAACUUGCUUUAAAGUUGAUUGCAAAUGUCACUUAUGGUUACACCUCAGCAAACUUCUCAGGACGAAUGCCGUGUGUUGAGAUUGCUGACGCCAUUGUUCGUAAAGCACGCGAGAGCCUGGAACGAGCUUUCAAUCCUGAACACAAUGAUGUGUGGGGUGCUCGUGUGGUAUAUGGGGACACCGAUAGUCUUUUCGUAUUAGUAAAAGGUGCCAGUAAAGAGGAAGCGUUUAAGUUUGGAAAAGAAAUUGUUGAUGCUGUUACUGCAGAGAAUCCUAAACCUGUGAAACUAAAGUUUGAGUCUUUAAGGAUUUUAUUUGAAGAAAGAGACGUGAAUCUUGUGAAGAAGUUUGUCCAGCGGCAGUUCGUUAAAAUGAUGAAAGAUAGAGUAUCGAUUCAGGAUUUCAUCUUUGCUAAGGAAUAUCGUGGUAUGAAAAGAUAUAAACCAAAAGCAUGUGUUCCAGCUUUGGAAAUUGCAAGACGUUAUUUGUCACGUGAUCGUCGCGCGGAAUCUGGCGUAGAAGAACUUGUACCUUACGUCAUUGUUAACGGCAGUCCUGGACUACCAUUGAUUCAAUUGGUUAAAGAUCCUAUUAAUGUGUUAAAUGAAAAAUCUACGCCUCAAUGCCAUCUACUAUGUUCAGGAACAAAUACUUCCUCCAUUGGAUCGAGUUUUUUCGUUGAUUUGUGUUGAUGCUUUUUCAUGGUAUACACAA